AUGGUGAAUUUUAAACCAGAAAAGGAUCUGCAGCCACCGAAUAGUGGAGAGGAGUUUGCGUUUCCCUUUCCGCCGUACGAGAUACAGUUAGAUUUUAUGAAAUCCCUUUACGGAGUGCUGCAGAGCGGCGGAAUCGGUAUCUUCGAGAGCCCCACCGGAACGGGUAAAUCGCUCAGCUUAACCUGCGGCUCGUUGACCUGGUUGAAAGAUUUUGAACGUUUGCUGGAAGAAGAACUGGGUAGCAAAAUCGCCCAGUUGCGAACAGAAAUCGCGGCUUUGGAGAAGGAGAAUGAGGUGGCCAGCGAUUGGAUUACAGGCCAAUACAACGCGAUGGGGCAACGGAAGGAACUCGGAGAGCUCUUGCUCUGCAAAACGGCUCUAGAGGAAUACAAAAAGCGCUUGCAGGCUAUGAAGGAAAAGGCCACCGUGCUGAAGAAACGCUGGAGUACGGCAAAGGAUGGGGAUGGUGCGUUAAAGACAGAACCCUGGCAACAGGACGUUAUAGCUGAUGAGGAUGAGUUUCUGAUAGCGGACGACAGUGAUAGUGAUGAUAGUGGUGAUGAACGCCGCGAGUCCGAAAAGGAACCCGAUCGAUACCGGCCUGUGCAGAUUGUAUUUUGUAGCCGAACGCACUCCCAACUAUCGCAGGUGGUGGGAGAAGUGAAAGGCACCCAGCAUGCCAAAGAACUGCGCCUGGCAUCGUUGGCGUCACGCCAGAGUCUCUGCAUCAAUCCUGAUGUGCGCAAACUUAAAAGCAACACGCUAAUCAACGAGCGUUGCCUGGAACUGUUGAAGAAAGGCGGCAAAGGUAAAGCGGGCACCGAAGGAGGAGAGGAGAACAGUGGAACUAAGAAGCGUCGGAAAAUCGCACAGAGUUGUCCUUACUACAAUCAACGCGCGAUCGAAGGACUGAAGAAUGGAACCCUUUUCGAGGUGCCAGAUAUUGAGGAUCUGGUGAAGGCUGGCAAACGAGAGAAGGCCUGUCCGUAUUACGCUUCGCGAGCUGCCGUACCCGAUGCACAGCUCUUGAUGGUUCCAUAUCAAUUGAUUUUACAUCGUCGUACACGCCAACAGUCUGGUAUCGAUCUCCAUGGUUCGAUCCUGAUUAUCGACGAAGCGCACAAUCUGCUCGACACGAUUGCUGCGAUUCACAGCCAGGAGUUGACCCACGAACAGUUACAGCAAGUGAAGAUGCAACUAGCAGCAUAUAAAGCACGCUACUUUGCACGAUUUUCCACCAAAAAUUUGCUUCGUAUCAAUCAGUUAAUCUUUAUAGCGACAAGAUUAGGGAAACUGCUUUCCCCAGAUGUAAAACAGAAUGCAGCCUCAGAACAGAGCACGGGCACCAAUGUACGAUCAUCACGAAUGAUCCAAACUCAAGAUCUGCUGCUUGAGACAGACACUUUCAAUCUGGAUUUCACAGAAAUAAUUGCGUUCUGUGAACGCUCACGUAUAGCCCAGAAGGUGCAUGGGUUCGCUCAAAGCGCACCACCAGAAAUAUUGGCACAAAGUGCUGCACCGGCCAUCAAUCGGCCGAAGGUAGGCAGCACCUCAAAAGAGGUUACAAGUUCAAUGAAAUCACUCUUGAAAUCAUUGGAAGAGAAACAAAAGCAAAAGAAGCUACAAUCUCAGAAGAAAUUACGUGAAAGGCGAUCGGAAAAUAAAGCAUCGGAACAGGAAAAUGUAAAAGAAUCUCCACAGAAAAUGGUGUCCAACGUCAUUCGUCCGUUGAUCAAUUUCAUCGAAUGCCUCAUCGAAGGAAACAGCGGAGAUGGGCGUGUGUUGCUAAGCUACAACGCAAAGGAACCCGUCCAAUCGAGCAUGAAAUUCCUUCUGCUGAACCCGGGUGCUAGAUUUGAAGAGAUUGUGCAAAGUUGCCGAUCGGUCGUGUUGGCAGGUGGAACAAUGAAACCGACAGAGGAAUUGACGGAGCAAGUGUUUCAGAAUUGUCCGGAACGAGUUACGAUUAAAAGCUAUCCACAUGUCGUACUACCGGACGCUGUACUUCCGAUCGCACUCGCACGUGGACCAUCGGGGAAGGAUUUUCUUUUUAACUACGCCAAUCGACAGGAUCAGCAACUGCUUGACGAACUUCAGUCUACCUUGAUGAACCUGUGCUACGUCGUCCCGAACGGUAUCGUAGCGUUCUUCAGCUCCUACGAGUAUCUCGAGCAGUUCUGCAAGCGACUCGAGGACUCUGGCAAUCGAGCCCGUAUGGAAGAACGGAAACGAAUCUUCCGUGAGCCUCGCACCACUGGACAGGUCGAGCGGAUAUUGUCCGAGUAUGCGCAGGCAGCAAAAUCGACCACCGGGGCUCUAUUGUUGAGUGUCGUCGGAGGUAAGCUUAGUGAAGGUUUAAAUUUUUCGGAUGAACUUGGCCGAUGUGUGGUGGUGAUUGGAUUGCCCUAUCCUAAUCGCACUAGUCCGGAGCUAGUGGAACGGAUGCGUUAUCUCGAUCGAACUCUUGCCAAACAAUCGCCUACGGCCAAUACGGCUGGAAACGAAUAUUACGAGAAUCUGUGUAUGAAAGCGGUCAAUCAGUGCAUUGGACGAGCCGUGCGACAUAUACGCGAUUAUGCAGCCGUGGUGUUGCUUGAUGUACGGUACUGUACAGGUACAGAGUCGUCCAUCCGCAGGAAGCUGCCUAGCUGGAUCUCCGAUCAGAUGGUUUGUGCUGAUCGCUAUGGUCAGGCACAUGGUAGUUUGGUGAAGUUCUUCCGUGACCAUAAAACAGAGCGUACCAAGGAGGCACAGGAAAGCCAGUAGAAGGCUCUGUGAAGGACCGGUGCA